GCGAGGAAGUUGAUGGGGGUGGAGGAGAGCACAGAGAAAAAGCAGACAGAGACGGAGGAAAACGAAGACCUCGGUGAACUCCGAUUUAUUCAGAUACUGACGGAGCUGGGAGCUGACAAGCUCUUCAAAGAUCAGUGCGAGCUGGGUACUCUGUGGUGUGCGCUCCAGAGAGACAGACCGGAGCUGCUCUCUAUCCUGGAGGACGUCCUAGUCCACGCUGUGUCUCAUCUACAAGACUCACUGAGGGAGAGAGACAGUUUGGAACAGGCUCUACGCAGACGGGAGAGUGACCAUGACAGGGUGGUUCGGUCCAUAUACGAGGAGAUGGAGAGUCAGAACAGAGAGGAGAGAGAGAAACGACUCGCUCAGGACACUAUCAGACAGUGGGACAGAAGACAGAAGAUUGCCGAGGAGCUGAAGACGACGGAGCAGGAACUGGAGAUCACCCUGGCCAAGCAGAGAGAGGUAGAGACAUCAUAGACUUAGAUAGAUGACUCUUUGUGUUUGUCCCAUUUAUGACGUCUGUGAGAGCACUGAGCRUUGAGGCCAUCUCCAUUUUGAAGUAGUCCAUAGUGCCUACUGUCACCUGGAGUACAAAGGGAKAUUUUAACCCGGGGCUAAGCGAGUGUUCACACUUUAUAACGUGGACUAGCAGCAAUCUUAGCCCAGGUCUAGCUGGCCCCCGCUCCGGAGAAAGGUUAGCACCCGACUUUUCAGAGUUAGCACCACCAACACGGUGUCAUAAUAGCCAGUGUAUAACAGRGUCAAGAACAAUGCCUAGAAUGCUCACUGUCCAAUCACAAAAGCUGCACUGUCACUUCAUUGACAUAUGCUGUUGAUGUCUGUUAGGACUUAUUUUGACAAGUCAAUUCAUACUAUUUCAUCCUCCCAUCUGAGKACAAAAAAAAUAAAAAAUACUUUAAUUCCUGCAAUAAUAUUGGUUGCUAUGCCUAACAAUAACGGUUGCUAUGCAGGCUGGCUAACGUCUUCUCCUGAAUGUGUAUUUUACCAGUAACCCUACGGUCUCAUGAGUAUUCUUAAGUACCCCCAGGGGUCCUAGUACACCUUGGUUUGGAACCACUGCUUUAAGUGAUCUGCUCUCUUCUGUUGCUGUCUCUUCUUAGUCUUCUAAUUUGGUCUCUCUCUCUCUC